GUAACACAUUCUUCAUUUCUUGGCCAUUUUGAUUUGACUGGGGAUAUUGAAUGCACCCACUUGCAUAUUGGCUUCUUCAUACGAAGUCAUGUUAAACUAGUUAUAUUAUUGAUAAGGAAGAAACUCCCCGCUGUGCAUACCCCCCCACCACUCCCCCUUACCUGUCCUGUCCGUAACCCCCCCCAGCGGGGCACACCAGCCCUCCCCCCACCUCGGCCUUCAGCCAGCCAGCCGCCGCCCGGUCUCCAGCCGCCACCCGCCGCUCCGUCUCCAGCAGCCGCAGCUCCAAGCGGAAUCCGCAUUAACCACUUCGUGCAUUGCCUCCACCCAUGCAAAGAGCUUUUUAUGACGUCUUGCAGAAUUACUCAGUGCGGUAUCGGGGGCCCACUUAUCAGCUGCUCUGGAGAAGUCAUUGGUAUCAGCUUAGAGAUUAAUAGCACUACUACUGCAUUCCUGCCGAUCAAUAUAGCUUCCAUAUGGUGGGAGCAUUACGAGAAACAUGGUCUAGAGCAAGUGAGGAGUCUUGCUGCAAUUGCACAUAAAUGCGUACACAGAACACCUAGGAAGCGUACUUCCAUGGACGAAAUUUCACAUGCAAUAUUGAAAACAAGACAGAAGCGCCUUGUCAAAGAAGAUACCACGUUUUUUACUGGAUAUGACCGAUCAAGAAUGGCAAGUAGGAUAGAACAUCAGCAGGAUGAGUUGAGAAACAUGGCCAGCACUAAUGAAAGAGAAGCUGAACCAUGCGCAUUUUACCAUAUUGGAAUUUGUUUCAAGCUGAACCAGCAUUAAAAAGAGAAUGCUUGUUAGUUAUAAUUCAAGCAGCAGCUAAACUUUAAUACUAGUUCCUUGGUUUUCAAGAA